CCCGGCGCGCGCGGGGGAGCCCGAGGAGCCGGGAGCGGCCGAGGCGCCGGGGCCCGGGGAGCCGUGGACGCCGCCGCCGCCGCGCCGGCCGCCGGGCGCCGGCCUGUUCGGGUGGCUGCGGGAGCGCAGCCUGGGCCGCGGGCCGUGCGUGGACCCGGCGCGGGACAAUUUCCGCACCAUGACCAACCUGUACGGCUCCAUCCACCCCGCCGACUCGGUGUACCUCAGCACGCGCACCCACGGCGCCGUCUUCAACCUCGAGUACUCGCCCGACGGGUCAGUGCUGACAGUUGCUUGUGAACAGACGGAGGUUCUGCUUUUUGACCCUAUAUCUUCAAAGCACAUAAAAACACUUUCUGAAGCCCACGAAGACUGUGUUAAUAAUAUCAGAUUUCUUGAUAACCGGCUGUUCGCUACCUGCUCUGAUGACACUACAAUAGCACUAUGGGAUCUGAGAAAAUUGAACACCAAAGUAUGCACUUUACAUGGUCAUACUAGCUGGGUGAAGAACAUCGAAUAUGAUACUAAUACAAGACUUUUAGUAACAUCAGGAUUUGAUGGAAAUGUCAUUAUUUGGGACACCAACAGGUGUACAGAAGAUGGUUGUCCACAUAAGAAAUUCUUUCACACUCGUUUUCUCAUGCGAAUGAGAUUAACACCAGACUGUUCCAAAAUGUUGAUCUCAACGUCCUCUGGGUAUCUCUUGAUUUUGCAUGAUCUUGACUUAACUAAGUCGUUAGAAGUAGGCAGCUAUCCCAUUUUGAGAGCAAGAAGAACUACAUCAAGUUCAGAUCUGACCACUUCAUCAAGUUCACCUGGUCCUAGAGUCUCUGCUUCACCUUGUCAUCAUAACGAGUCUAAUUCGUCUUCUGAGAAACACAUGUCACGAGCCUCACAGAGAGAAGGAGUUUCCCCUCGAAAUAGUCUUGAAGUCUUAACCCCUGAAGUUCCUGGUGAGAGAGACCGCGGAAACUGCAUCACAUCCUUACAGCUGCACCCAAAAGGCUGGGCCACUCUUCUCCGGUGCUCGAGCAAUACUGAUGACCAGGAGUGGACUUGUGUCUAUGAAUUUCAAGAAGGGGCCCCCGUGCGACCCGUCUCCCCUCGCUGUUCUCUGCGACUGACUCACUACAUCGAAGAAGCUAACGUAGGCAGGGGCUAUAUCAAAGAACUUUGCUUCAGCCCAGAUGGGCGGAUGAUUUCUUCCCCGCACGGCUACGGGAUUCGCUUGUUGGGAUUUGACAAACAAUGCAGUGAACUCAUCGACUGUUUGCCCAAAGAAGCCAGUCCCCUGCGGGUCAUCCGCUCUCUGUACUCUCACAACGACGUGGUCCUGACGACGAAAUUCUCUCCAACGCAUUGUCAGAUUGCCUCAGGGUGCCUUAGCGGACGGGUUUCUUUGUAUCAGCCAAAGUUUUAGGCACAACAGUACAUCCCAACGAGGAACUGCUCUGGUAUGUGACGUACAGAUUGCUUCCAUUUUAGCCGAAGUAUUUCCUUUGUAGAAGAUCUCAUCAGUUUGGGUCCCGAUCCUGGUUCUUGUGGGUCCAUGAGCAUCCAUCCCUGUGAGCGGAGCGUGUGGCCAUCGGGCUUCGAGGGGGCCCCCCCGCCAGGUCAGCCUCCCGACAGCGGCGUCCUGCGCUCCCGGUUCCUCUGCAUGGUGACUCUUGUCAGAUUGAUUUCUCUCCAUGACUUUCACCUUUCCGUUGUUGUUGUUGUUCCGGUAUGAAUUUCACGGACGUUUGGCAGGAGCUUAGGUGGGAGGAAACCCACGACUGUAGUGUUGAAUAAAGCCCAGAGGUUUGAUAAUUGGCACACUGGUUGUUGAUAAAAGAAAUUCUAUCUUGACUUCUCAGUACAUUGGGCCUUUGCAGUUGCUAUUACAUCUCUCCCCAGUGAGCACAGAUAAUGGCAUCAUUCUCAUUCCUGUUGGACAGCCUUGCGACAAAAUGUCUUUUUUUCCUGUCAAAAUUAUCAAUUUUUUUUUCCCUCAGCAAAGAAGGAUUCUGUUGUGAAAUUCUAGGGAAAAAAAGAUCGCCACCGCUCUGUAAUUUUUUCUUAAUGAACUUGAAAACCCCCAGCAUGUACCCUUACUUGGUAUUUUGAUCCUGUUGACUGUGUUAGAAAGGAAACAUGGAGAAAGAAUGGACUUUGGUCGUUUCUUUUGUAUAGAAAAUGAUUUAUUUAUUAGAUUAGCACUCUCUCUGGCCUCAGAGUGACGCGAGCAAAGUGACUUAGAUUUCUGUAAGAAACGAUUAAUUUAUUAGGGUAGUAACUCGCUUUGGCCACCGAGUGAUGAGAACAAAGUGACUCAGAUUUCUGUCUUCUCUGCCCGCUUCUCUGACUCACACGUGGAGAUGUUUUCUAGUCUCGGAGUGGGGCGGUGAGUUAGGGAGCAGCGCCUCUGUCACUCGUCUUUCUUCCUGUAAGCCCGGGGCGCCAGUUCAGCGCUCUUUCGUUCGUGAGGGGAGAUGUCUAACUUUAGUCGUGACUUGAAUGUCAAGAUCAAGAGCGAACCUGAAGCCCUUCUGCUGUGCUGUCAACGGAACACGGCGACUACGCCCACGAGCAGGGCCCCACACGGGGCUGCUGAGGCGAGCGGCCUUUUUCCAGUCCCCUCAGAGAAAGGCGCUGAGCUCAGGAGGGAGGGCUGGAGUCUCACGCACCGCGGGCCGCCCCUUCCCUCUCAGAUCUCAUUCUCUAAGGCAGGGGGUUCUCAAACAUUAGGGUACAGUCAAAUAAUCGGGGCGCUUGGGAAUCUGUGUGGAAACCUGGCCCGCAAUUGAGGAGGUUCUGAUUUAGCCAGGGAGAAAAUCAAUCCCCACAAGUAAUCUUUAUUCCAGUGAUCCCGGCCCACAGUUGGAAAAAUAACACCCAAAAAAAAAAAAAAUCAGUAAACUUUCUGUACCCACCAGGUGCUUAAUUAACACAACUCCCAGAAGGUGUUUCUGUCAUUGAAAUUUUUAAAAAUAUAAAUAAGCAAAUGACAAGGAGAGAUAGAAGAUAACUGAACCGCUGUCAGUCUCCUUAUUUGACCAGUGUGAACCGUGGUGGCCUGAGGCCCCGCAAAACAGGGGCCGAGUCAGGACAGGAAUCCAAGUCCCCUCAUUCCUUGCUCAGGGCAAUUCGUACUGUAUAUAUUCUCUCAGUUUGAAACGAUGAUUUCUGAACAAUUUGUCUUUAGCUCUAUUAUCGUGAAUACCCUUUAAGCAGUAGAUUAAAUAGGAAGGCAUGGGACUAGAUGCUGGGAAUUCCAGCCAGCAGAGGAAAAGCAUUUAAAACCUCACAGAAGAACUUAACCCAAAUACAUGAAUAAAAAUGACAUUUUGGGACUAGAGAAGUAGCCCGACGGGCUGGAGGGCGUGCUUGGCAUGCAGGAGGGCUGGCCUGAUACUUGAUACUGCCUGGUCCCCCAGCACCGCCAGGAGCAGCCUUAGAGCACCGUGGGUUUGGCCCCAAAGUAAGGGGGGUAGGAGGGGAAUUAAAAAACAAUUAAAAGGUAUUUCUUUUUAGGAUCUAUUGAAAUGGCCAUUCACACACAUCUAUACCAGUGGCAUCUCCCUUGGAACAAUGUGGGCUCUAGGACAGAAUGUUAAAAAUUAGAUAAUUGUUUUAAAAAAUUGCCUCAGGGCACAAGGCCGACCCCAGUUCAAUUCCCAGCAUCCCAUAUGGUCCCCUGAGCACUGCCAGGGGUAAUUCCUGAGUGCAGAGCCAGGAGUAACCCCUGUGCAUUGCCGGGUGUGACCCAAAAAGCAAGAAAAAAAAAUUAUUUAAUUUUGCCUCAGGAACUGGGGAGAUAGUUUAAGGGUUAAGGUACUUGCCUAGAAUGUGACCAACUCCAGCUUAAUUCCCCACAAUGUGUGGUCCCCGAUUACCACCUGGAGUGAUCCCCAAGUGCUGAGUGAUGAGUAGCCCCUAAGCAUUACCAGGUAUGGCCCCAAAACUAAAAAUACAUACAUACAUAUAUAGAUGUAUAUAUAUAUAUAUAUAUAUAUAUAUAUAUAUAUAUCCACAAAGCACAGUGAAAACCCAGCAGGAAAUACUAUAAAUUUUAAAAAUAAGUAUUUAAAAGAAAUAGUUUUGGACACAAAAACUAUUUUUGUUGGUAUUAUUCACAACAAGAAAUCAUUAAAAAUAUGUACUGAUAAAAUUUCAUUUUCUGUAUAGAUAAAAGAAAAUUUCAUCAAUUGCAUCCCUUUGGAGAGGACUUCACAUUAAAUGGUGGGUUCACAUGUUCCCCAACUCGAUAAAUUCAGUCUGAUUCUAGUUCUCGAACCCCUGUCAAGGAUAUCACGGGUCAGACAGUGUACACACUGUACUACUAACCCCCACAAAAUCCUUACAAGGUAGAGGGGCAAGAGAAUGUACUAGUUUUGGAGUACAAGGAGGGUCAGCAGAUUUAAGUGAUUGGCCUGAAGUCAGAGCGUGGCCAGCUGGGGGCAGCACUGGGGCUCAGGCCUCGGUCUGUUGUGGUCCCUUGCCUAAUGCUCACUCCUCCACUGGGUCCCUUAGUUUGUAAAGAUGGUACGCUGGCCUGUUUAGCAUCAUCUGGGAGCUCCUUUAUUACAGAGCUGGCUGAUUUUCACCAUGUAAAAGAAGACUUUUAAGAUGAACAAUUCCUGGGGCUGGAGCGAUAGCACAGUGGGUAAGGUGUUUGCCUUGCACACAGCCUACCCGGGUUCAAUUCCCAGCAUCCCAUAUGGUCCCCUGAGCACUGCCAGGAGUGAUUCCUGAGUGCAUGAGCCAGGAGUAACCCCUGUGUAUCCCCAGGUUUGACCCCAAAAAGCAAAAAAAAAAAAAAAAAGAUGGAUAAUUCCUACUAGGAUUACUAUCGUAAGCUACAGGCCGUACAAUAGUCCAUUCCUAACUAAAACACCUCAAAGUAUGUAUAAAGGAAGUGGAGGAUAAGUAUGAAAUUAGAGACACACAGAGGAGAGUUGAAAACUAACAGUCAGGGGCCAGGAAUGUUGGCUCAGCAGUGAGGGCAUGCCUUGCAUGUGUGGGUCCCCUAGGUUCCAUCCCCAGCCCUCCCCCAAAACAAUAAAAUUAACAUCUAACAAACUCAACAUAAUGACCUUUGUCCUCUUUGAGCUGCCGUCACCAUCAAAAUGUUACCAGAGGAUAGUAAUAAAGGAAUUAAAGGACAUCAGGGAUGCUAUAACAGUGGAAGAAAUUACCCCUUACAAUUUUGAGGCCCCAUUUCACAUAGAGUAUAAAAAUCUAACCUGACAUUUUUAUUCAGUUUUAUUCAGUCAUUUUUAUUCAUGGUGAUUGGCAAAUGUAUUAUAAUUGGUAAUAUGGUAAACAGUAUAAAUCAUACUUCUGUCUUAAAAGGCUUUCUGCAGAACAAUGUGAUAAUGCUAUGUGGAGUGGUUGCAGGAACAUCAAAUACUAUUUUAUUUUCAGUUAUGAAAAAUGGAGUGGCUGAAGCAGAAAACAAGUCUAUGUUCGUUUUUGUUUUUUUUUUCAAGUGUGUGGUCUUUUUUUCUCAGAAACCCAAAGAACACAGACAUUUUGUUAUUUCUCCUCGGUACACCCCUGAGAAGAGGCUUUACCAAAAAAAAAUUUAGGGAAACAAAGAGGAAGAACAUUAGGAAAAUGUUAACAGGAAAAAUUUUCUGGAAAUCAAAGAAGGUAAAUCACACAUUCCCCACUCCUACAGAGAGAACCAAGAUGAUGUAUCAAGUUGUUUUCUAGAAAGUGCAAUAUAGGAAAAACACUUAGAUCUUUUAGCUGCUUAGCAUUUACCGUACUAGUCGGAAUAUUGGUAUUGGCACCGUAAGUAUAUUUUAAGCUUGUAUUUGAUGCAGGAGACAUAGUCUGAUAACCAAUGACAAUCAUCCCCACUGAGUGACCGACUAGCAGUCACUGAGAGCUUAGAAAAUUCACUCAGUAACAUCCUGUGUUGGUCUUGAAGGAAACCAUAUUAUGUGAAUUUUUGAAUAACUAAUGCAUAUCUCUUAAGUGCCAAAAUUUAAAACUUGUAAUUAUUUUUGAUGCAAGUCUUUCAGAUGUUAGUAUACCUCCCUGCCUUCUAUUUAAAUGCAUGUCCAGUGUCAUUCACUUUGUCAUGAUGAAAAGUAAAAAUUAUAUUUAUAAUGUGUUACAAAAUCCCAAUGAGCUCUGAUGUAUAUAUAUAUAAAACUUCAUUAAAUAUAAAGGGCUAUACAAAAAUGAAUAUCAAUUAUUAUAAAGUAAUUCCCUGGGCCCUGAGGUACAUAAAUCAUUUGCCUCAGAUUGCUGUUUUUUUUUAUUUUAAUUAAAAAAAAAAAAAAAGUAUGUCCGCCAAGUAGUUUUGUCUCCUACCACCUAAUGAGUAGGCCUGUCUCCAGCUUCCGGAGGCUUCCACGUCCUGCUACGUGCUGUGUUCAUCCGUUGUGAGCUGGGGCAUGAGACAACCAAACCCACGUCGUGCCUGAAGAGCUGUAACGGGCUCUGGGCGCGUAUUCUUUGAGACGUUCUUUUGGUUGUUUACUCCUUUCCCACAGCUCACGAUACCUUCUGGACGACAGAAGUUCCCAGCUAAGUCUAGGCUAGAGACUUUUCAGUUGCCACUAAGUAGAAUAUUACAAACUAAGUAUGCUGCUAGAUUAAGGAAUAAAUAGCAAAGUACCAAAGCAACAACAAAGGCUCUGUAUUUGUACAGGGGUCUUUUAUGCUUUCAAAAAUUAAAAUAAAAAAAAAAGAAGAGUGUGGGGCGGGUGGGGGGGUGGGGGGAGAAAAAUAACAAAAAUAAAAUCUAGACUUAAAAGAGUAUUUUUGAUGUCAUUAAACUUUGUCAAUGACCAUUUAAAUAUAUAAGCAUCACUAUUACAAAAAUCCCAGUUUAGUUUCAUUGCAAAAUAAAAUUGUAACAAACCUUGCACCCAAAAAAACACUUUCUAAGCAUCUCUACUUACAUGAUGAUGAAUAUUACUAUCGAAAGGAAAGUCUCAAAGUUGUCUGUAUGCUGCUCUCUUGAGUUAUAAAUGAAUUAGUAAGUGUGGAUUUUAUCAAAAACUUCAAGGAAUACAUGCACUUCCUCUGUGUGUAUGUAAAUGUCAUAAAUUAAAAUGUCACCCAGCGAUAAUAAAAUAAUUUUUUUAAUUUAAAUCUGGUUCAAAGCGUUUAAACUAGAAAGUGCAGCUUUUCUAAGUGUCUCAUUUAGAUGUCAUGGUUUUUACAUUAAAGGUUGAGUAUUUGAAUUUUCUUUUAAACUUUACAUCUUUCUUUUGCAAACUGUGCUUUCUGGUAAAUUUUCAGGAAAUUGGAAGUGUUCCAGAUACUAUACUGGACACCAGAAAGUUUUCUCACAAGGUUCUAAGGUGCUGUGUGUUUUUAUGCUAGACUGUAAGCUCCUUGAGGGCAGGGACUGUCUUAUUUAUUCUUGUAUCCCCAGUGCCUGGGACAGGAUCUGACAAGAGUAGUUGUUCAAUAAAUAUUUGUUGAUUGAA